AUGCGCACUUCUCGCACUUCCAGGGACACCGCGGAGGUCCUGCAGGCCCUCUCGCCCCCUAUCCGACGACAAACGCGCAGCUCCAAUGUGAGCGCGUUGAAAAGUUUCGCCUACAACCCAAAUCCGAACGCGACUGCGACUAUCAAGACAGAGCCUGGAAAUGUCUCGAUGAUACCCGUUUUGUCUGUCUCUAAAAGCGAAGAUGAAUCCUCUCUCUCCGAGGCCGACACGGCGGAUAUCGAAGACCUCCUUGAACCGCCACCAAAGCGCCAAAAACGCAACGCAAACUCCAUAAACCCACGAGUUCUCAAGCAGAGCACAAGUCCUCGCACACCCCAAAAAGUCAUCGUUAAGGAGGAUCCCGAUCAGAAACCCACCCCGACCCCCAAACAGAAACAGCGACGGCUCCCUGCCCGCAAAACCCGCGAUGUCGACGGCUCGGUCAAGGUCGAGCCCCCGUCCAACUGGGAGGAGAUGUACGAAACUGUGAAAAAGAUGAGAGCAGCCAAUCCAACUGCACCGGUAGAUACGAUGGGCUGUUCGGAGCUAUAUUGGCGCGCGUCAUCACCAAUAAACCGUCGAUUCCAGACCCUCAUCGCACUGAUGCUCUCAUCCCAGACAAAAGACACAGUUACUGCGGUAGCGAUGCAGCGCCUUCACACCGAGCUCGGAGAUGACCCCGCUCCAGAUGAGGACAUCAAAAUCAAACAAGAAAUCAAACAAGAAGACGACGAUUCGAAACCCACCGACAGCACCCUCAACCUAACCAACAUCCUAGCCGUGGACCCAACGCGACUAAACGAACUAAUCCGCACAGUCGGCUUCCACAACAACAAAACAAAAUACAUCAAAGCAACCGCGCUGAUUCUGCGAGACCAGCACGGUGGCGAUAUCCCCUCAACACCAGAGGAACUCAUGGCACUCCCAGGUGUCGGACCCAAAAUGGCCUACCUCUGUUUGAGUGCUGCAUGGGGUAAACACCUGGGGAUUGGCGUCGAUGUGCAUGUCCACCGUAUCACCAAUCUCUGGGGUUGGAAUAAAACCAAGACGCCCGAGGAAACGAGGAAGGCGCUGCAGUCGUGGUUGCCGCCUGAUAAGUGGCAUGAGAUUAAUAAGUUGCUUGUUGGGCUUGGUCAGACGGUUUGUUUGCCUGUUAAGCGUCGCUGUGGGGAUUGUGAUCUGGCUGGCACGCGGCUUUGUAAGAGUGAGAUUCGGGGGCUUGAGCCGACAGUGAUGAGGGUUAAGAGGAGUCCUGAAGUUGAUGAGCCCAAGGUUAAGAUUGAGGCUGUUUGA